AUGGCGACCGUGUCUGCCUCUAAGAAGCGGCGUUCCAGAGGCGGGACCCUAACCCUAGAUGAGGCGAAGAAGCUGGGAACCGAGCUCCUUUCGUCGCGCGCCCACCUCAACCACGCCCCCGCCCUCCUCGCGCUCCUCUCCCCCACCGCGCCGUUCGACGUCGCUCUCGAGGCGCUCAUCUCGCUCCAGUCCUUCUUCGUACCACUCAUCCCAUCCAUCCCUUCCGCCUCUGCGGCAGCCACCGCGGGGGAUGCUGGCAGCGACCCCGAGCUCGUGCUUGGAGCCUGGCUGCGGCAGCGGUUCGACGAGCUCGUUGCUGCGCUGGUGGAGCUCAGCGUGUCUCCACACAGCGAUGACGCAAUCAGGGAUGUAGCGCUGGAUGCUCUCAUGGAUUUCGUGAAGCUGGGGAAGGACGGGAAGUUCCAAUCGGCAAUUUACCACAAGUUUCUCUACGCUGUCGUUCAUGCUGCUGAUCCCAUUGAUACGUUGUUAGAGUUGCUUGGAUCAAAGUACUUCAAAUACACUGAUGUUUGUUACUUUACUUACACUAGCUUAGACAAGAUUGCCAACAGUCUGGGCAGUAAAACCACUGGCUCUGGAAAAGAUGCCAUGCAAAAUGGAAAUGAUGGGUCAGAAAACAGAAGUAGUAUUUUUGUACACAACAUAUACAAUCUUUUGGCACAUGUUCCUUCGAUGGAUUUUCAAAAGGAAUCAUCAUUUGAUAUGUGGAGUACUGUUGGGCUGUCUUCUAAAGGAGAAAAGGACUCUUCCAAGGACACUUCUACUUACGUCAAGAAAAAAUUAAAAUUGAAGUUCACCAAAGCAUGGCUGUCUUUUCUCAAGUUACCACUACCACUUGAUGUGUACAAGGAGGUCCUUGCUUCAAUUCAUCAAAAUGUCAUUCCUUCAAUGUCAAACCCUUCCAUCUUAUGUGAUUUCUUGACUAGAUCAUAUGAUAUUGGUGGUGUUAUCAGUGUGAUGGCCUUAAGUGGCCUUUUCAUUCUUAUGACACAACACGGUCUGGAGUAUCCAAAAUUCUAUGAAAAGCUUUAUGCACUACUGACUCCUGCUGUUUUCAUGGCAAAACACCGGUCAGUGUUCUUGCAACUUCUUGACACAUGCCUGAAAUCUUCUUAUCUUCCUGCAUAUCUUGCUGCUGCAUUUGCAAAAAGAUUGAGUAGACUUGCUCUUUCAGUUCCUCCAGCUGGAGCUCUUAUUAUUAUUGCUUUAAUUCAUAAUCUGCUGCGGAGACAUCCCUCAGUUAAUUUCUUGGUCCAUUGGGAGGUUGAUGAGAGUGAUAGCAAUGCCACAGGAGAAGCUAGUCAAUCUAAGAAGAUUGGUGCUGAUCCUUUUAACAAUAAUGAGGCAGACCCUGCAAAGUCUGGUGCAAUGCGAAGUUCUUUGUGGGAAAUAGACACGCUCCGCCAUCAUUACUCUCCUGCAGUUUCUAGAUUUGUCGCAUCACUUGAGGAGGAUCUCACUGUCCGGGCCAAAACUACUGAGAUGAAAAUAACGGACUUCAGUUCAGGUUCCUAUGCAACAGUUUUCAGGGACGAGGUGCGUCGGCGGAUAAAACAGGUCCCCCUUGCAUUCUACAGAACCACACCAACUUCUUUAUUUCUAGGAUCAGAUUUUCCUGGAUGGACCUUUGGCGGCCAACACAAUAGCACCGUAGAAACUAUUGUAGAAGGCAAUGGAAAAAUCGAGGUGGUCGGGGCUAGCGACAGCACACCUUCCAAAAGCUUCAAUUUUGAGCUGAAAGGGUUAUGUGAGGAAACUGUUAUUUCUGUUACAACUAAUAUAAGAUGGGAGGUUUGUGGACUGGGGUUGUCAAGGUACCUAGUCCACCCAAAAGAGCACAAGCUCGAUGUGUCCUCAGCUUCCAGAGCCAACAGGGUUAUUCUCGUUCACACGGGCUACCGGCCCCUCACACCUAUCUCGUGCAGUCUGAGAGGAAGCAACUGCCAACUAAGCUGCUCCGGAGCCAACGGAGGAUGGACUCUUAAAGAAUACCCCAGCUGUCCUUUGGAGUCAGGACUAAUCAUGAAGUUCAUGCUCCAUAUUUUGAGCAUCUUCUGCUGUUUGUGGUCCUGUGCACUUGGACAAAAUAUUUCUGUGAGACCCAGUGUUGUAAACAUUGGAGCUCUUUUUCCAUUCGAUUCGACAAUUGGGAGAGUUGCCAAGGUUGCCAUCGCUGCUGCAGUCAAUGACAUCAACAAAGAUCCAAGUGUUCUUCGGGGAACAAAGCUGCUUGUUCAGAUGCAAGAUACCAACUACAGUGGUUUCAUCGGCAUUGUUCAAGCCUUGCAAUUCAUGGAGAAAGAUACAAUCGCAAUCAUCGGCCCACAAUCUUCAGUUGUUGCACACGUCAUAUCCCAUGUUGCAAAUGAACUCCAAGUACCUUUGAUGUCCUUUGCUGCAACUGAUCCGACUCUGACACCACUUCAGUAUCCUUUCUUUGUGCGUACCGUCCACAGUGAUCAAUUUCAAAUGGCUUCUGUUGCUAGCUUAAUUGAUUACUAUGGGUGGAAGAUGGUGACAGCCGUAUAUAUUGAUGACGAUUAUGGAAGAAAUGGCAUAUCCUCCUUAGAUGAUGAGCUUGCCAAGAGGAGAUUGAAGAUCUUGUAUAAAGCUGCAAUUAGGCCAGGAGCAAAAAAGAGUGAAAUGGCUGCUGUGCUGGUCAAGGCUGCGAUGAUGGAGUCCCGGGUUUUUGUACUGCAUGCACAUGAUGAUUCUGGAAUUGACGUGUUCUCACUAGCGUAUAAUCUUAGCAUGACAUCCGGUGGAUAUGUGUGGAUUGCAACAGAUUGGCUCACUGCAUACCUCGAUUCAGCUCCUCGUCUUCAAAAUGAAUUACUAAGCACAAUGCAGGGUGUUCUUACAUUGCGUCAGCACACAGAAAACACCAAUAGGAAGAAGACAUUAGUUUCACAAUGGAGUAAACUAGUGAAGGAGGAUAGUGGCAGCAGCGGCAGCUUGCUCAAUUCCUAUGGCCUUUAUGCUUAUGACACUGUCUGGAUGCUUGCUCAUGGGUUGGAUGCAUUUUUCAAUAGUGGCGGAAACAUUUCCUUCUCUCCAGACCCCAGACUGCGUGCAGUUGCAGGAGGAGCUUUGAAUCUGGAUGCAUUGAGCGUCUUUGAUGAGGGGAUGCUAUUACUAGAAAAAAUCCGCAAAGUAAAUUUCAUGGGUGCAACUGGCCCUGUAAAGUUGGAUUCAGAUGGUAAUCUUAUCCAGCCUGCAUAUGACAUUGUGAACAUAAUAGGGUCUGGUUUGCGGACAAUUGGUUAUUGGUCCAACUAUUCUGGGCUGUCCAUUGUGUCUCCUGAGACACUAUACAAGAAACCAUACAAUGUCAGUGCAAAUCAGGAACUCCACGCUGCAAUCUGGCCAGGUGAGACUGUAACGAGGCCCCGGGGAUGGGUGUUCCCUAACAAUGGAAAUGAGCUGAGAAUUGGAGUUCCCAAUAGGGUAAGUUACCGUCAAUUUGUAUCAGUUGACAAUCAAACUGGAACGGUGGGAGGUUUCUGUAUUGAUGUGUUUGCUGCUGCAAUAAACCUGUUGCAAUACCCAGUUACAUAUAGGUUUAUACCUUUUGGCAAUGGCCGUGAGAAUCCAAGCUACACAGAACUUAUCAGUCGAAUUGUGACGAAUGAAUUUGAUGCUGUUGUUGGGGAUGUAGCUAUUGUCACAAAUCGGACAAAAGUUGUUGAUUUCACCCAACCAUACGUUGGUUCUGGGCUUGUCAUACUUACCGCUGUUAAGACACAGAGCUCGAAUGGAUGGGCUUUCCUGCAGCCAUUUACCAUCAGAAUGUGGUCUGUGACAGGAAUUUUCUUUCUGAUCAUAGGAACAGUGAUUUGGUUGCUCGAGCACAGAAUCAAUGAUGAGUUCCGUGGUCCUCCAGUGAAACAGGUUAUUACUGUUUUCUGGUUCAGUUUCUCAACUCUGUUCUUUGCCCACAGAGAGGACACCAGGAGCACGCUCGGCCGCUUCGUGAUCAUCAUCUGGCUGUUCGUAGUUCUGAUCAUCCAGUCCAGCUACACCGCGAGCCUGACCUCCAUCCUCACCGUGCAGCAGCUGACGUCGCCGAUCACGGGCAUCGACGACUUGAUCGCCAGCGACGAGCCCAUCGGGUUCCAGGUUGGGUCCUUCGCAGAGAACUACCUGGUGCACGAGCUGGGCGUCUCCCCGUCGAGGCUCAAGGCGCUGGGCACCCCGGACGAGUACAAGACGGCGCUAGACCUCGGCCCUCGCAAAGGAGGCGUCGUGGCCAUCGUCGACGAGCGUCCGUACGUGGAGCUCUUCCUGCUCCAGCACGACAAGGUCGCGAUCGUGGGCGCGGAGUUCACCAAAAGCGGCUGGGGCUUCGCGUUCCCGCGUGACUCGCCGCUGGCCGUGGACCUGUCGACGGCGAUCCUGGCGCUGUCGGAGAACGGCGACCUGCAGAGGAUCCACGACAAGUGGCUGUCGAACGGGCCGUCGCCGCAGUCCACGGCGGACCUGGAGCCGGCCGAACGGCUGCGGGUGCAGAGCUUCUCGGCGCUGUUCCUCAUCUGCGGCGUGGCGUGCCUGGCGGCGCUGGCCAUCCACGGCUGCAUCCUGGUCCAGCAGUACUCCCUCCACGUGGCGUCCCUGCCGCGGGACGCGGUGGCCACGGGGCCCGACGGCGCCAUCUCCCGCUCCCGCCGCAGCAGCAUCCGGGCGUUCCUGUCCUUCGCGGACCGCCGGGAGACGCAGUGCCUGAAGGGGGGGAGCUGCAAGGACCCCGCGGCGCUGGGAGGGUCCGGGUCCGGUUCCGGUACCAGCUCCAGCAGCGGCGUCAGCAGCUUCACGUCCAGCAACGCCAGCAUGUCGAGGUAA